UUGCAACACUUUGUUCAUUUCAAUUAUUGAUUGUCAAGUUGUUUUAAAGAAAUAUACUUUGCAACGUCCAUCUCUGACAACUCACUGAUAAAUAACAAUUCAAAACCCAAAUAAGCAUACAUGCAAGGGAGAUGAGGACAACUAAAAUAAAAUGCUGCAUGUUGUUAUUUAGCAUAUUUUAAUGUUUAUAUAAUACAAUAAUAAUACAUUUGCAAAAGACCAUAAAUAACAUUACAAGGACGGAUAUAGUCAUUCUUGGGCUUCCAAGUGGUGUGACCGACAAAAAUGGAUGCAAUUCCAAGUGUUGACCAAAUAUCACUGGGAACUGUGGUUUCAAUAUUUUGUAUUGGGCUGUUUACUCUGUGGCUCAUCAAUGGAUAUCUCAAUAAAAGCUGGAAAUUGAAGACAUCUUCAGGCCUCACUCCUCCACCUGAAAUACCGGGCUUACCCGUGAUUGGGAAUUUACUGCAACUGAGAGACAGGAAACCUUACAAGACUUUUAUUAGGUGGGCCGAAAAAUAUGGCCCGAUCUACUCUAUUCGAACUGGCUCCACGACACUUGUUGUCCUCAACUCUAUUGAUGUUGCCAAGGAGGCUAUGGUGACUAGAUUCUCAUCAAUCUCGACAAGAAAGCUUCCAAAAUCAAUAAAGAUUAUUUCUUGUGAUAAAAACAUGAUUGCAGCAUGUGAUUAUGGUGAAUUUCAUAAGACAGCCAAGAGGCAUAUUGUUAAUAGUAUGUUGGGACCUAAUGCUCAGAAACGACAUCAAAUUCACAGGGAUACCAUGAUAGAAAACCUGUCGAAACAAUUGCGAGCUUGUCUGAAAGAAAAUCCUCUGGCAGUUGUUCUUGGACAUGAUGUGGAAUCUAUAUAUGUCGAGAAACUUCGAACAACAUUGUCUAAGCAAGAUAUCUUUGAAAUUUUAGUAGUCGACCCCUUUAAAGGCAUCCUCGAGGUAGACUGGAGGGAUUUCUUCCCAUAUCUAAAAUGGAUACCAAACAAGUCUUUCGAGAGUAAUGUCCAGCAAAUUUAUUCUCGUAGGCAAGCCGUGAUGACCGUACUCAUCAACGAACAGAAAAAACGAAUUUCCCAAAGAACAUUAUCCGAACAACAGAUUCUCAUGUUGUUAUGGGAAGCCAUACUGGAAUCAUCAGAUACAGUUUUGGUCACAACUGAGUGGGCUAUGUUUGAACUUGCUAAAGAUCCAGAACGACAGGAUCGUCUGUAUGGAGAAAUUCAAAGUGUUUGUGGAAAUGAAAAAAUCAUGGAGAAAAAGUUAGCCGAACUUCCGUUAUUGUCUGCAGUUUUUCAUGAGACUUUGAGAAAGUAUAGUCCGGCUCCUAUAGUUCCUCUGAGAUACGUUCAUGAAGAUACGCAAAUAGGAGGAUAUCAUAUUCGAGCAGGAACUGAGAUUGCUAUAAAUAUAUUUGGAUGUAACAUGGACAAGAAAAUAUGGGAAAAUCCUGAAUGCUGGAACCCCGAGAGAUUUCUUGAUGAAAAAUAUGAAAUGAUGGAUCUACACAAAACGAUGGCUUUUGGAGCUGGGAAAAGGCUGUGCCCUGGCGCCUUAAUGGCAAUGUUGGUAUGUUGCUUGACAAUAGGUCGACUAAUUCAGGACUUUGAAUGGAAGCUUAAGGAUGGAGAAGAAGAAAAUGUUGAUAUGAUUGGGUUCAUGACUCAGAAGCUUCAUCCAUUGCAUGUUGUUUUAAAGCCAAGAAAUUGACUAAACUUGAGAUUUCAUUCUUUUCUUGACGUAAGAACCUCGGCAAAUCUGUAAUAGCUUCUUGGAUAUUUUACUUGUUUAUUCCUCCUUAUGCUUAUCACAUUAUUAACAACUAGGUUUGCGAAUUACCAUUAUAUUAUUUUACCUUUCAUUUUCUUAAAUUAUCGUAUAUUACCUAUUUUUUUUAUAA